CGCAUACGGAAGGCGCUCUUGCUGAGGUGGUGAGGUCUAUGCCCUCGCGUCAUUGCACCCACCGCCCCAGCAGGUUGCGGGGAGCAUGAUGAAGCUCCCGAAGUCCGUGCACGACCGCCUCUACGGUUACCAGAGGCAGGGCAUCACCUGGAUGUGGAACCUCUUUCACAAGAGGUGGGGCGGCAUUCUUGCAGACGAGAUGGGGCUCGGCAAGACGGUCCAGUGUGCUGCCUUCCUUGCCAGCCUGAAGUUCACGCAGCAGGGCUCGCGCUUCUUGGUGGUGGCAAACAUGGGCUUGCUGGAGCAGUGGAAGCGCGAGCUGAACACGUGGGCGAACGACACUGGCCUUGCGGUCCACCUCCUGCACGGCAGCCAGCACGACCGGCGCCUCGCGCUGCAGGGCUUCAACCGGAAGGGCGGGGUGGUGCUGGUGUCCUACGACAUGGUCAGGAACGGCAUCAGCUACCUCCGCACCGCCGGCCUCGCGAGCGCCACCGCGGCCGCGCCCCAGAAGCGCAAGCGCCAGGACAAGCGCUCGGUGCGCGACGACGACAGCCCCAGCGAGGGCGAGGGGCAGGCGCCGGCGCCGGCGCCGCUCGGGUCGGAGGACCACAAGACGCCCUGGGACGUGGCGGCCUCAGCCGUGGUCGGGCUGGAGGCCUCGGGCACGCUUCCGUGGGCUCUCGGAGGUUCUCUCGCCCCGGGGGUGCUCUGCAGCGGCGGCGCCUCGCCAGGAGCCGGCCGGGGGUGCCCGAG